AUGAUCGGAAACGAGAGUGCGAUGAAUCUGACCAGGAAAGCAAUCGAGGAACAUUGGCGGGCAUCGGAUGACAGUGAUACCGAAGCCGAAUACGCUAUCUAUGCCCGUGGUGGACACCCGGCUGACCGGCAAUUUACGGUGCUGCGAAUCUCAGGCGACGGCCAUAUAUGGGUGAGCGAAUGCAUCAUCACCUAUGACGGAGUACCAACAUACUCAGUCUCCAUCAUGCAGUUUGCUCGCGAGCUUGUGGUGCACGAGACACAGUACUUCGCUGAGAAAUUCAGUGCACCUACGUGGCGGGCAGCGCUCGCCGAGCCUAUACCAGGCGGGCAUAUCGAAGAGAGAUGA